UAACCCACAGAGAGAGAGAGAGAGAGAGAGAGAGAGAGAGAGAGAGAGAGAGAGAGAGAGAGAGAGAGAGGAGGGAGAGCUCUAAUGGUUUGGAGGCUCGGGUAUGGCGUGAAGGGCCGGGUUCAGAGGGGAACUUGGCCUCUCUGAAUUCCCUGUUUUUCCUUCUUUCGCCAACAGUGAAUAGUUUUCUUGGCUGAGAAAUCAAGUGUGCGAGAAAGUGCUAGAAACUGAAGAAAAAUCAUUGGAGCCACUUUUUUUCAGUCAGUAAUGUUCUGGGUCGAGUUCCUUUGAUCAGCUUUUUGGAGACUUUAUGCGGGUUUCUGGGUAUUGAUGACAGAAUUUUAGAGUUGCUUAUCAGAGGUGGCGAAUGGUUCUGUGGAGAUGUUAAACUGGUUAGAGAAGUUCUCUUGCCUUUUGGCAGUGAAAAGUGGUUAUGUUGAUAGUCCUCUCUGAGCCAUCAUCCAAUUAGUUGCCAAUUUGCCAUAGAUCCAAUGUUGCUGCAGGUUCAAUUGUGAUGUAUGCUGCUUAGAGAAGCUUUCUUCAGUUUUGGCCAUAUUAUUGAGAUAGCUCUCCAGAGACACUCAAUACGUGGCUGAGUUGCUGUCUAAGAUUGGUUGUUCUGAUUGGAUGGCUUGAACUGAUCUAAUUUCGACCAUGGAUUCAGCUGGUAAUCAAACUCUUUACAUGAGGCAGAUCUCCUUUGGCAGCAGUUACACGUGACAGAAACUUUGGCUUGAUUGUGGGGCAAAUCUCCUUUGGCAAAAUUUUAUUCAAGUUUUCUUUGGUUGGGUUACUUCCCUUGGCUGUGAGUAUUUGAGGAGAGCCUUUUGGCUGGACAGUUAUCAUUUGUCAUCAAUCUACCUGGAACUCCGCCCUUGUAUAGGAAAGUCUCCUGCAAUUAUUUUUCUUAUCCCCGAGGAUCUUUACUACUAUCUGUGUGGUGGAGCUUAUCACACAGUUGCAGCUUGUUGGCUCUUCUGCAUUGAGGAAGUCUCCUUCAGAAGUUUCUUUUAGUGGGAACUUCAGUCCAUUCAUUGGGCAAAUCUCCUUUGGCAUUUGGGGUCGUAACUCGACUCCUGUUAUCCUCCCUUAUAGGGCAAAUCUCCUUUGGCAUCUGUCUCCAAUUUUAGCAUUGGAGACAUCGACACAUUAUCAGAUAUUUGCAUAGAUUGGAAUACUUUUUAUUAUACAAUCUCUUAUCAUCCUUUUGGAAGCAACAACAUCCGAGGAAGUACGUAUUAAGAACAUAAGCUCAAAUUAGGAGUGACACGGGUGUUUGAUUCUCCAGUUCAUUGAAAAAGGCAUCUGAAGGAUGGACACAUUCCUUAGUGACUCUGAUUGGGAGAGUUCUAGUGAGAGCAGUAGCAGUGAGGAUCGGGAGGAAACUGAAUACUUGUACGUUGGGCAGGCUAGGAGCAUUUUGUCAAGUCUCGAGGAGAGCAUUGGAAAAAUUGAUGAUUUUCUCUCAUUUGAGAGGGGAUUUGUACUUGGGGAUUUGGUGUGCUCCAAAACAGACCCAUCCGGACAGAUGGGUAGGGUGGUUGGCAUUGAUAUGUUGGUAGAUUUAGAAAGUGCUCAGGGAAAAAUAAUGAAAAAUGUAAAUUCCAAGAAACUUUUAAAGAUCUGCUCCAUCUCAGUUGGAGAUUAUGUGGUUUGUGGUCCUUGGCUUGGAAUGGUGGACAAAGUAGUUGACAAAGUCACUGUUGUCUUUGAUGAUGGUGCAAAGUGUGAAGUCACUGCAAUGGAGCAAGAGAAUCUAUUGCCAAUUUCUCCCAAUAUACUGGAAGACUCACAGUACCCAUAUUAUCCAGGACAGAGAGUGCAGGUUAGGCGCUCAGAUGUUUCUAAAUCAGCUAGACGAUUAUGCGGAAAUUGGAGGCAAAAUCAAGAUGAAGGAACUGUUUGUGCUGUGGAAGCCGGUUUGGUGUACGUGGAUUGGUUUGCAUCUGUUCCUGUGGGUUGUGACUUGAGUCUGCCUAUACCACCACGUUUACAGGAUUCAAGAAACUUGACUUUGUUAUCAUGUUUUUCAUAUGCAAAUUGGCAGCUUGGUGACUGGUGUAUACUUCCAAGUGGUGACAGUAAGAGUGUGAUGGAGCAGACUUUUCUUAAUGCAUCUACUGGAAAGCUCAUUGAAGAGCACAAGAGCUCGACAAGAGGAUUUAAGAGAAGCCAUAGUUCAAAUUUAGAGGAAAUCUUUGUUAUUAUGAAGACAAGGACUAAAGUUGAUGUCAUGUGGCAGGAUGGUGGUUGCUCUUUUGGACUCGAUUCACAAAAUUUACUCCCUGUGAGUGUUGUAAACAUUUAUGAAUUCUUUCCUGAACAGUUUGUGUUGGAAAAAGGAACUUGUGAUGAUCCACUCAUGUCUAGCAGCCAGAGAUGGGGUGUUGUGCGGUCUGUGGAUGCAAAGGAACGUACUGUAAAGGUACAGUGGACAACUCUGGCUAUGUCUGAAGCCAAUAAUUUGGAUGGAGGCGGGAUGGAGGAAACUUUGAGUGCAUAUGAAUUGGUCGAGCACCCUGAGUUUUCAUAUUGCUUGGGUGAUGUUGUGUUUAGGUUAGUUCAGAACCAGUUUGGUGAUCCAGCUAAAAAAGAUCAUGUAAAGUCAGAAACUGGCAUGGGUGACGAGGCUGCUGUGAAUGGUGAGUACUGCACCAAGGGUCAGAAUCAGUAUCCCAAUAACUCUUAUCUCUCAUGUAUUGGCAAUGUUACUGGCUUCGAAGAUGGUGCUGUGGAGGUGAGAUGGGCUACUGGUUUUGCAACCAAGGUUGCACCUUAUGAGAUAUUUCGGGUUGAUAAAUCUGAAGGUUCAACUGCAACCCAUGUGCUCUUUGAAGAAGAUGCUGAGGAAACGAAUCAAGAGAUGAUUGAACAUGACAAACAAUCUUACAAUCAAAAAGGAAAGGAUUUGUUUGAUUCUGACUGUGCUGGUGAAAAUUGCAAAAAGCAUUCAUGGGAGUCUAGUUCCUUUUUUCUUCCUCAAGCCGCCUUUGGAUUUUUAAUGAGCAUUGCGACAAACCUAUUUGGAUCUGUUGGUUCAACUUCACUUACAUGCCCAGUUGUAUCUAGCCUUAUUUCUGAAGAUGGAGAUGAACCUGGGAUUCUCCCUGAGAAUGAAGUAUUGGAAACUUGUGAUCUGUUACAAACGUUUAGAAAGACAAGUUUAGAUCAUGAAGUGAAAGAGACCCUAGAUAAUGAAGCUCUUCGAUUUUCAGCAACCACCGAGAACUCUCAUCAGUUUAUGCAGUUUGAUAUGGUUGGUGAUUGCUCAGACCAUCACUUUCUUAGUGCUGGUAAAGGAUUGGCAUUGUCUCAGGUGAAAAGAAGUUGGCUAAAGAAGGUUCAGCAAGAAUGGAGCAUUCUAGAGAAAAAUCUUCCUGAAACAAUCUAUGUCCGUGUCUUUGACGAAAGGAUGGAUCUACUGCGGGCAGUUAUUGUUGGUGCACCUGGAACUCCAUAUCAUGAUGGGCUUUUCUUCUUUGAUAUUUUCCUUCCUCUGGAGUACCCAAAUGAACCACCUAUGGUGCACUACAAUUCAGGUGGUCUCCGUGUCAACCCUAACUUGUAUGAAUCUGGAAAGGUCUGUCUCAGUCUUCUCAAUACAUGGACGGGUACAGGCUCUGAAGUAUGGAAUCCAGCGAGCUCAACUAUCCUUCAGGUUCUCCUCUCCCUCCAGGCCCUUGUGCUUAAUGAAAAGCCUUAUUUCAAUGAGGCUGGAUAUGAUAAGCAGAUUGGAAGAGCUGAGGGAGAGAAAAACUCAGUAAGCUACAACGAAAAUGCAUUCCUUGUGACCUGCAAGUCCAUGCUAUACCUACUUCGGAAGCCACCUAAGCACUUUGAGGCACUAGUGGAGGAGCACUUCAGGCAACGCUCCCAAUAUAUUCUAAUGGCUUGUAAGGCAUAUAUGGAAGGAGCCUCAGUGGGGUGUGCUUUUGAAUGCGGAAAAACCGACGACGGCAAAAAUUCAAGGGGAAAUUCUACCGGAUUCAAAAUCAUGCUUGCUAAGCUCUUGCCAAAGCUUGUCGAGGCGUUUGCAGACAAGGGCAUGGAUUGCAGCCAGUUUAUUGAGCCUGAAAAAUGAAUUUGCUACAAACUCCAGGUGCUAUAGAAUUGCCUUACCAAGACAUCUCUAUCAUGUUUAUAAAUCUGUAUAAUAUCAACAUGUGCUUGGCAAAAGCCUUGUCAUGUUUUCCUAGUUAUGGUUGUUGUGUGUGCAGUAGAAACUGUCUUAAUAUUUCUGUCAAAAAAAAAAGAGAAGAAACUGUCUUAAUAAGGCUUUGUGUUGUAUCUGUACUAUAUUAUGGUUUGCAGACUCUUUGAAAGUUUGAAACUACGAAAUAAGAAGCCAUGGUUGGAUUGGUUUGUUUGAUAA